AUGCGUGGCCUUUCAGUUGCUGACAUCGCCGAUAAGACUGCUACUGGUCUAUCCUGGUUGUCGAUCAAGACAGAGGGUUGGACCAUCUGGGACGAAGCAGGGACAACCAGCCAACCUCGACCGACAUGGAAACCUGUAUCAGUCGACAAGUUGUCCAAGAAGCCUCGGCCGCGAUCUAGGGCAGCAUCUCCCUCAAGCGUGCCCCCAGCAUCCAAACGCAGCCUGCUCCAAAGGUUUAGCCAUUAUGUCUGCGAUGCCUGCCAAGGUUUGAGCCACACGAACAUCAAUCUCUCCGGGUUGGCAUGCGGCAUUGCCUUGUCAAAGAUCUUGCACACCAAGCCUAGAAUGCCAUCUGCCACAGGCUCAGAGACCUGGCGUUGGGAAGUCCUCUGGCACGAAGUCAAGUCAUUUGUCAACAACUACUGGGAGCGCUUCUUGGACUACAUCGGGGCCAAGCUCUCUGGAUUCCAAUCCAUGGCUCAGUCACUCCAGAUCUCUAUCGAGUUUCGAAUGAAGUCUUGGCCAGCCUUCAGGCUCCGAUCACUCGAGACCCUGCCGUACGAGCUUCCAGAGAAAAUCCUCCGCUGCUUGGACUACAUCGUGACCAAUCUCUUUGGAUUCGAAUCCACGGCUCAGUCAUUCCAGAUCUCUGAUAACGAGUUUCUCAUCAAGCCCAGGGCAACUUCAACGCUCGGAUCACUCGAGGCCCUGCCGUACGAGCUUCGAGAUAAUAUCCUCCGCUGCAUUCCCGACUUUACCGACCUCAUGUCUCUCGUGCAAGCAUCACCCGUCUUUCUUCGAAUGUAUCUCGAGAACAAGAAGUCUCUGCUUGCUGGGCAUCUCAAGAUGUCGCUGGACACUGGCGUCAUGACCGAUGCCCUGGCUCUUCAGAAAGCUUCUAUACUACGAGUUGACAAGUCUGUCGAUAGAGACAAAGUUCAAGAGCAGUUGAAUAACUACAAGAAUUUGCGCGACCGUGAUGGAUCCACAAUCGAGGAGCCCAUUGACGGCUACAGCGAAGAUGCUGUUCUUGGAAUGUUCUUGUUUUGGCACACUUAUGCUCGUCCACUGACUGUGCAUUUUGCACGCCUCUUUCUUUGCAGGUUUGACCCCCAGCGGCCGCCCAUCUUUACCCAUCUGUCGCGCACGGAGAACACCCGUCUUUUGAGGGCACUCUACCGUUUUGAGCUCUACAGCUGCUUGUUUGGCGGCGAGUCACGCCACUUGCAGCUCAACUACAAGGAGGAAGAGGUGCUUAAGCAUUUCUUUUGUCUCUUCCGGCCGUGGGAGGUCGAAGAGAUCUUCUCCGUGUACACCUUGGUCCAUGACGAGAUGACGACUCGCCUCCGGAUGAUGGAGAAGAACUUGUUUCAUGCCGUCACAAAUGAAUUCGCCUUGGCUGGCGGUGCUGCUUCCUGGGGCCUACGAGGAUUUGACUCGGCUCUGAGAGACGUUAACUUUUAUAGCAUGAUCACGAUACGACCAGGCAAUCAGUGGACUCCGGGGUAUGGAUUCAUGGAAAACGUCCUCGGCCAAGGUCCUCAGCGAUUGAGACGUCGUAGUGGCAUCACAGAGCACGACCUCGCCCAGGAUAGGGGAGAUCCUCUCCCUUAUGUUGGUGAGUCAGAGAGCGAGCCUCCCUAUGGUUGGGUCCUGGUGUGCAACGAGAAGUACCUCAAUGCCUACGGGGGUGAUGUGCGGAAGCCUAGCCCCCGUGACUGGGGAUAUGUCUUCUGGGAUAGAUGGCGCCUGAUCGAAUUCAAAGGUGAUAGGAAGCUGAAAUCUACGUCAUGGGUGCCUGGUGCUGGAGUUUGAUAGUUUUAGGUACCACGAUGGUCUACAGAGGCCAUACAACCACCAUUCAGAUUGACUGUAUUACUACAGGAAGAAGUGUAAAGAAAAAAAGAAAAAAAAAAGAAAAAAGAAAAAGAAAAGAAAAGAAAAAACACAAAAAAACCAAAGCCGACGCAAGAUAAGUGGAAGAGUGGCCGGCCACUGCCAAACGACAAAAACACUGUAUGAUUGCUACAUUGUACUUAUUUUCCGUGAUACGCGAUGUUUUCACUCUUCCUUGAAGAUGGAGCAAAAGGGGGCAAAAAGGUUCUGGGGUUUUUGGUUGAGAGGUACCAUAUAUCUCGGUGCCCUAAGAGUGCAAGGCGCAAAAAGGUUUUGAAGUUCUUGUUUGAGGCAAAUCAUGGGUCUUGGUGCGAUAUACAAAUGCACGUAAGCGGAAUCUUCACUUCUUUCUACACGAAAUAAGAACUACAGAAAAAAAGGAGAAAUUACCAGCACCACCUUGAAGGUGCUAUCUUGUUGUCCCGCCACAAACCGCACAAAGGUACGCCUCUCUCCACAACGAACGAACCCCUUGGGCUGAAGGUACGCAAGCUACUGGAAUAUAGAGAGACUCGGAGCGCACAGCCGGAAGAACACACGGGACCGAAAUGUCAAGCCACUCGCCAUCGGUUCAGUUCAUCUCCCACCACCCGCCACCCCCUCCAUGAGGCUGUACCAGACCGUGGAAUGGCUUCAUCUUCUUAUUCUCGGGAACAUACCACAUGUCAGCCACUCAAGGCCGCUAACCACACGAUGGCUGACGCACAAUCGAGAUGAUCGUGAAGCUUGAAUCUUGGUGAGAACCCCCUUUUUGAUGAGCUCGGUUGCCCCACCAACGCGGGCGAAAGCUCAACAUUGAAGCUACCGAAAAAUUUCC